CGCGCGGGCGCAGGUCUAUGUCGCGGGCGGCGGCGGCGGCGGCGGCCGCGCAGGGACGAUGCGCGAGUACAAAGUGGUGGUGCUGGGCUCGGGCGGGGUAGGCAAAUCCGCCCUGACCGUGCAGUUCGUGACCGGCACCUUCAUCGAGAAAUACGACCCCACCAUCGAGGACUUCUACCGCAAGGAGAUCGAGGUGGACUCGUCGCCGUCGGUGCUGGAGAUCCUGGACACGGCGGGCACCGAGCAGUUCGCGUCCAUGCGGGACCUGUACAUCAAGAACGGCCAGGGCUUCAUCCUCGUCUACAGCCUGGUCAACCAGCAGAGCUUCCAGGACAUCAAGCCCAUGCGGGACCAGAUCAUCCGCGUGAAGCGGUAUGAGAAGGUGCCAGUCAUCCUGGUUGGAAACAAAGUGGACCUGGAGAGCGAGAGAGAGGUGUCCUGCAACGAAGGCCGCGCCUUGGCCGAAGAGUGGGGCUGCCCCUUCAUGGAGACGUCUGCCAGGAGUAAGACAAUGGUGGACGAGCUCUUCGCCGAGAUUGUGAGGCAGAUGAACUACGCAGCGCAGCCUGACAAAGAUGACCCCUGCUGUUCUGCCUGCAACAUCCAGUAGCACCCGACCAUGGCUGUCCUGGACAGGACUCACCUAGGCUUGUGGGCAACAGUAGCCUCGUCUACUCCGUUGCAGUUUGUAGGAUGGCUGGCGGGAAUCCACAGUGCACCGCAGCUCUCGGGCUGGACGUCAGUUGUCGCCUCUGAGUACCCGUGGGUCCAGUGACUCAGUCUCCACCAUUGUCCUCAGCCUCCUGUGCGUCUGCAGCCUGCAGGCGCCCCGUGGAGCUACAGGGUGAUUUCAUUUGAAGUGACCAUGGUAUUGCCACUGAGUUAACAGAAGCCACUGCUGUGUAAAUUAAAAAUAAUCACAAGAGAAAAACCAGAAGAAUUCAUAUGACCACUAACAAUUAAAAUAUUUUGUCGUCUUUAAAAAAAAAAGUAAAGGAGAAAUAUUUUCCUACAAGAGUACUGAAGUCAGGAACUGAUGGACUGUCUGGCCAGCGUACCCCACCAGUGAAACAGCUGGCCACCAACAGCAUGGCAGGGAGUCUGCGCACUCAGCUGACACAUUUCUGUUUUUCAAAUUGAUGCUUAAUCGCAGGUGUUUUCCUAAUUUGUGACAUGAAAUCCACUCACCUAUCAAUCCUCGACAGAGUAAAAGUCAGAACAAGGUCCUAUGAAAAGCUAGUCUGGCUGUAGAAUUUGUUGAGUCUCCUGCUUUGCCUCUCGUGGGUUCAUGAGAAAUGAAAGCGCACACCCACCCUCUCUUCACAGAGCAGGGAUGGUCUUCAGUUACUAAGCAGGAAGGAAGCUGCUAAGAUGGAGCGGUUGCCUCGCCUUACUAACGAGCACUGUAGUCAAAUAACCAGUACCAUCGUGGAAGGAAAAUGAAGCCAUGUGACAUCCACACAUUCCCGUUUGCAGACACCUCACAGGACAGUACAGAUACUUGACCUUUUUUGUGUGUGUUCAUGAAAGCAGCCUUUAAGGGCUAUGAUUGCCAUACGACUCUUGGCUCACCUGCUUGGGAAAUCUGGGUUGCUGUAACAGCUUUAUUGUAGGCACAAAACAAACACAGAUUGAAUAACCUGUGAAGUAAUCUGGGCUUUAAAGUAGGAUGUAAAUUAUGAUAGAGUGCCAGGGAAGGGGCCACAAACCCUUUUCUCCUCCCUCCUGGAGGGUCGUGGAAGGGUUUCCUGUACCCAUUCCGCCCUGGUUACUGAAGUGGCACACACCGCUAGACUGCAUCUUUUGUUCUGAAAGGUGCUUCAGCUCAGCAUUGUUGGUUUUCAGAGCCGUGAAGUGUUUCCCAUUUGCAUGAGCAAUGGCACAGGAAAAGAAUCUAUUCAGGAGUCUCAUGAUGAAGUGUGGCCGAGUUCUCACCUCACUUCGCAGAUAAGUGCUGGCCAAUACCUUGAGCCGCCUCUGUGCCACUGGGCCUGGACGUACUUGGUGCCCACACCUUCCUGAUUCCACAGUCUUGUGCAAGUAACUGCUUAGUCUUAUGUGUGUAACUGAGAGAAGAGUGUGUUUGUGUGUGCAUGUGUGUUUAUUCCUAAGAAUUUGGCACAAUUCAGAGAUCAUUGCCUCUACUGAGAAUCUAUACUGCAGAACUUAAUGUAUGAGAAAACAUUUUUUAAUUAUUAGUCUCUUAUAAGCCAUUGAAAUCCCCUCGAGUGUUUUAGUAACUGGCUUUAAGCUUAGAAGGUAGGAAAAAGGUCAGUGGUGUUUGUCAUGUGUGAGAUAAAUAAAUAAAUAAAUACCGUGCGUGAAACCAGGCCCGGGUGUUAGAGAGUCCGCGUUGUCUUGGUCUUCAGUGUCGUUCUCUCUAGUUAGGAAGCACUGCAUUGUAGGACAGAAAGUCCUAAACAGUUUUCUUGGAACAAAGUUCAUUAUGUAAAAGCUGAUUCAACUCAGACAUAUUGAGAAGUCAGAUUCAACAAGUCUGUUUUACUCACAGAAACAGAAAUGCUAGCGCACUGACUUCUGAGGCCUCUGACUUGUGAGAUGAUUCUGAAGUUUACUCCCAUCGUGAGUAGCAGUCUAUGAUACUCCAUAUUGAGAGCAGCUGGACAGAUUCCACACUUCUGUCAUGGAUACCUAUGCAGGCAUGCAAAGGGUAACAUGAGAAGCCUGGCAAGGUAUGAGGUGGAGGUGUUUGUUCCUGGGCCCCAGUGUUUGCACCGCCCUUCCUAGUGCUCUCUGUCCCUCCGGUGUGAAUCUGACUGUUGUGUGUGAUGUUUGCCAAGAUGGGAAUAAAGCAUCCGAGGACAGGAAAAUGACACCUACAGGCACAUGAGAUAGUGGCCGCAGAGCAGAGCUGGUGACUUCGCUUGCUAGUUCCUAAAAGUCUGGAUUCAACUAGCAACUAGAGAAAUGAAAGUUUGUUCUAACAUGCCUUAAAAAUAUUAUGGUUUGACCCAAAGACCCACUUUUUCUUUAGCUAUUAUCAAGUUUGCUUUGCUUUGUUUUUUACUUUUAUCAAAAGGCAGAUUUCUUUUUUUUUUUUUUUUUUUUUUUUUUUUUUUUAGGUUACUUCUUUGAAGGUGUAACUUUCAGGUUCUUUUAAGCUGUGGUUGUGAUGGUAGCCAAUGCCUUUCCACUGUUGGGCUUCCACGAGACGAGCCAGCACGUUCUGGGAGGCCUUCUGGGUCUUUCCUUCGCCACUGAAAGGCGCUCUGAUGCGCCCACCCUUUGCUUUGUCGAGUUGGGGUGUGGCCCCGUCACUACAGCCGCCACCACUCUCUGGGCUAAAACUACUGAUACUUGCUUUUCUGUGUGGCCCGGGACGCCUGCUGUUUGCGUCCCAGCGUGAGUGUGGCCCGUGACUGUGAAGCCUCUUUGUCUGCUGCUCUUGGGGUAGUUUAGUUUCUCAGUUCCCCAUCAGUAGCCCCACCCCACCCCCUUAGCACUGGUUAAGCUUUAAUUGUCUCCUCAGCCAAUCAGACGUUAAAGACUGUGGGGGUCCUUUCUGUUUAACUUGUCAUUGUGCAUCUGUCAAACCUCGAUCAGGGUUUCUAGAAUGGCUGCAGUAGAGUUUGAAAACAGACUUACCAUUAUCAAUUUGGGGUUUCCCAGAGAUACAGUUCACAGUUAAUUGUUGAACUCUAAUACAACUGACCAUUUAAAAUUGAACAACAGUUUAUUGUUUUGUAACAAUGUCGAGUAAGCCCCGACAUUUCAAUUGAAACAUGAAUUGUAGUAUAACUCAAUGCAAAUUCAACAGUUGUAUUUGGAGUUAAAUUAUUUUAACAAAUAAAUUUAUUUAAUGAAA